AUGAACGUGCAAGAAUGUAAUAAAUAUGACUUAGACAGCAAAGACUAUUGGCGAUGUAUUUCUUUAAAUACUGUACAAACUGUAUACCAUCCAGUGGGAACUUGUGCCAUGGGAAGUAAUAUAAGAGUUUCAGUAGUGGAUAGCAGGCUAAGAGUACAUGGUGUUAAAAAUCUUCGUGUUAUUGAUGCAAGUGUAAUGCCUACUAUUGUAGGUGCUAACACAAAUGGACCCGCAAUGAUGAUCGGUGAAAGAGGUGCAGAGUUAUUAAAGGAAGACUACAAAAACUAA